AUGGCGAGGACGACACCCGAGCUGGUACCCCCUUUACAAGCUUCUAUACAACACCAGCGAGAGGACUUUUGCCCCGACGGAUUUAACCAUUUGUUAAACAUGAAUAAAUUAGAAUUUAUAAAAGUAGGUACCAUGUUCAGAAUUUUGGUUAUGAAAUCUAAUUCCCUUUUCGAAUUUUUUCUAUUAGACUUUAUGACAAUAAUUAACACAAUUUCAAGUGCUUCUAAAAUUUUACAGUCAUUGCCCACGCCUGCAACGCCAACCUCAAACACCACAACUCUCACACAGUCAUUGCCCACGCCUGCAACGCCAACCUCAAACACCACAACUCUCACACAGUCAUUGCCCACGCCUGCAACGCCAACCUCAAACACCACAACUCUCACACAGUCAUUGCCCACGCCUGCAACGCCAACCUCAAACACCACAACUCUCACACAGUCAUUGCCCACGCCUGCAACGCCAACCUCAAACACCACAACUCUCACACAGUCAUUGCCCACGCCUGCAACGCCAACCUCAAACACCACAACUCUCACACAGUCAUUGCCCACGCCUGCAACGCCAACCUCAAACACCACAACUCUCACACAGUCAUUGCCCACGCCUGCAACGCCAACCUCAAACACCACAACUCUCACACAGUCAUUGCCCACGCCUGCAACGCCAACCUCAAACACCACAACUCUCACACAGUCAUUGCCCACGCCUGCAACGCCAACCUCAAACACCACAACUCUCACACAGUCAUUGCCCACGCCUGCAACGCCAACCUCAAACACCACAACUCUCACACAGUCAUUGCCCACGCCUGCAACGCCAACCUCAAACACCACAACUCGCACACAGGCAUUGCCCACGCCUGCAACGCCAACCUCAAACACCACAACUCGCACACAGGCAUUGGCCAAGUCUCCAACGCUUACCCCCGAAACCACAGCUCAAGCGCUCAUUACCCACACCAUCUGCUCUACCUCCAAUCUAUGGUUCUCGUAG